ACAGCCGAAGGUUUUGUUCCAGAUGGUAAUGGUAUCCGUACCGAUUCAGGUUUCGUUCAUAAACCACGAAUGAUUGAAUUAGAAUCUAGCUAUAUACCAUUGACGCUUCGUUUUUCUUCUAGACCACGACGAUUGAAUAUAAUUAAUAAUGAAGAUCUUAUUGGACAAGAUUCAAAUCGUCAUGAUAGGAUUAAUGGAAAAAAAGAACCAAUUGAUUUAGUAGAUAAAAAUUCCGGCUCUUUCAAUCUAGAUACAAAAGCAAUAUUCGGACCAACUAGACGUGAAGAACCAUUAGUACUUAAACCUGGUGCAAAUAACGUUCCAUCUCAUAUGCAACAUAUAAUCAAAUGUAUAUUUCCUGAUUUUCGAUUUGAUGGCUCUGAAAAGGUUCGCAGUGCUUGUUGAAACAAUUUCAUUUUUUUUCCUGGACACACCUUAUACACCUUAUAAACGCCCAUUCGUAUACGAACAUAUAUAUUCCUUCAAACAAUUAACACAAUUGGCUUUCGGAACAUUUUUUUUUAUCUUCAUUUUUUUUCAAUAUUGGCUUUAACAUAAUGUCUAUGUGGAUGGAUUUGUUUUUUUCUUGAUGAAAAAAUUCAAUCAUGUUUUUCUUUUAUGUUCAUGUAAACAAAA